AUGGCUUGCCCGCCCGAUACAAACACUACCGGAGAUUCGCUUCACGCACUUUGGGAUAUGAUUGUUGUCAUGCCUCUUAAAAUCAAAUCUCCGGAGAUGCAAGGAUGCAUGCAAGCUUUUAUUAUUGGAAUCAAUAUUGGCCGAUUAUUGUCUCUACUGCGUCAAACCGUUUCACCACUCAAAUGGCAAGUUUUUAUUUUAUAA